ACCAAAUUGUUUAUGGGGAGAUUGUACCAAAGCAAACGCCGAUUCAGGUUGUUCGUCUCCUCCAUGUGAUUUUUCUUAGUCCUUCAAAUCUAUUCACAUUUGUUUUAUUCAACCAAGUAUUCAAUUGUCAUCAGCUGUCUCUCUCUAAACUAUACCCUCGUCCUUUUCAUCGCAUAUAAUAAACCCUAAUAUGCAUCCGGUAUAGUAAAUGAAAACCGUAGUGGAAAGCAAAAUGGCUUCUUCUUUACCAUUUUCCGCCACAAUUAGACCCACUUUCAAGCAUUAUAAUAGACCUCAAGCAUCGCAAAUCAAAGCUCAAAGCUGCAGAGAUGAAGGUACAUCAAACAACAAUGUGGACGCCAAUCUGGGAGUUCUUAGAGAAAGGAUAGAGCAGAUUAAGAUGAAGAAAAAAUUGGAGAGAUGUUACGAAUGCAAAUUAUAUGGUUGGAGCUAUGGAAGUAGGUAUAAGUACAAGGUGAAAAGAGAGAUGGAGAUUUCUCAAUUGUUUGAGGUUGUAAGUUCAGGAGCAUCCACUCUUGCUUUCACUUUCCUCACUGCUACACUUUGCGUUUCCCUUGUUUCUCUUUUUGUCCACUUGAUUUACGGAUUUUAACU